CGCGUUCACGCGUCCUGAAAUGCGCGGCAACGUCGCUGUCUCGAGGCUGGAGCGGAGCUUCAGCCUCCCACAGCUCGUCGGGCAGGGAUCGAUAUUUUUAGCGCCUGGUUUGUGUUUCACCGCCGCGAUCGCGAGAAGCUCCUUCUCGGAGUCUGCGUCACAAGCCUGAGCAGGGCUCGAGCCGCGCACGAGGGCUGCGAGGCAAACCCGGUCCGCGCGCGGGCUCGUGAAAGGAGGAGAGCUGCAGCAAGAAGAGGAUAACGGACCGAAGACGAGAGACAUCUGAAGGAAGGACGCUUGACUUUCCCUUCAUCUAUCACUAACUGACCGGCGUCGGUCUUGACCGAACCUGCGUCCCUCGCAAAUGGCUAGCCCCGCCGCGUGCAAAACCCUUUCAAGUGCCCCGCCGCGAGCGCUGCUGGAGGCGAACCACCAUCCCGAACCAGCCUGCCUGGAGGCGCAGAAAUGGAUAGAGGCGGUAACAGGGAAAUGCUUUGGAGACAAGGACUUCCGCAGUGCAUUGGAGAACGGCAUCCUGUUAUGCGAGCUGCUGAGUGCCAUCAAACCAGGCCUAGUCAGAAAGAUCAACAGACUUCCCACCCCCAUUGCUGGUCUAGACAACCUGACCGUGUUCCUGCGAGGCUGUGAGGAGUUGGGCCUGAAGGGUUCCCAACUAUUUGACCCUGGAGAUCUGCAAGACACAUCAAUACGAGCUAACCUCAAGGACUCUGACUGCAACCGCAAGCUUAAAAAUGUGCUAAAUACAGUUUUCUGGCUCGGGAAAGCUGCAAGUGGCUGUGCAUUCUACAGUGGACCCACUCUAAACCUCAAAGAGUUCGAAGGACUCCUCGCUCAGAUGCGGGUGGAAAGUGAUGAUGGAGCGACCAGUCCUCAGAACCGCAGUGUCAGAGACAGUGGAUACGACUGCUGGGACUCAGAGAGGAGUGAGUCUCUUUCUCCCCCCAGACACACAAGGGACAACUCCCUGGACAGCCUGGAUUCUUUUGGCUCGCGCUCACAGCACAGCCCCUCUCCAGAUGUGGGGAAUCGAGGCGCCAGUGACGGGCGAGGCAGCGACUCUGAAGCAGAUGGUCCAGGCAGGAAGCCAGAUGUUCGAAAGGAUGACAUGUUGGCGAGACGGACUGCCAGCAGUGAGUCCAGAAGCUCCAUUCCCUUCAACCAGUUCCUUCCCAAUCGAAACAACGCCACCGCUUACAUCCCGACGCCACGGCGGAAGAUGAGCACAGAGGAGGGAGAACAGCGAAGUCACUCUCAAGCCAUUCCGGAGCAAACCAAAAGAACUGGGCAGCACAACAAAGCUCCCAAGACUGUCACUUGGGCACCCGAGAACAAUGGUGAAAAACCAAAACAGGAAGAGCAGAUGGUUACCCAGGAAACUCUGGAGCAGAGGAAGUUGCAGAAGUUGGAGAAGGCGGGGAUUAAAGUUCUUCCUGCUGCCGUUCACCACAUCAGCCCUGCCACGAUCAAGGAGAAGGAAACAAGUUCAGAACCUCCAAGCAUCAUCCUUCGGUGUGAAAAUGACUUUAUGAACUUUUGUAAAACUGCAUGGGAUUCCUCCUCUGAUGGGGAGGAGGAAGGAGAGAAACGGAAAGUUCCAGAUGUUCGUAAAGAUGAUUUGGCCUCCAGACGAGGUCGUCGUGGCCCCACGACGGCCAAGGUGCAUCAGUUUGUCCCUUCCCCUGAAUGUACAAACAAAGACAUGGAGCGCUGGGAGGGCAUCAGACGAGCCUCCCAGCAAACCCUACAGGAUAAAGAUAUCAGCGGGAAGGAAGCAGUCCCCGACAUCAUAACUCGCAGGGACAAUCCUUUCCUCAAAGAAAAGGAAGAGGUGUCGGAUGAGGGAAAGGAGGUCGAGGCCGUGCCGAAUAAGCAGAGGGACGACCUGGCUCGCAGGCGGGCUCAGAGUAGGCCGCUUCCUCAAAGGGACGCACAGAUGAGCUUUGUUACGUCUUCCAUGAGCCAAGCAGAUGUGCAGAGGUGGGAGAGGCUGAAGAUGACGGAACCAAGCGAGGAUAGGCCAGCCCCUGUGUGUCAGGCUUGUCUGGAGAAAAAUGACGGAAGGCCACACGGCAGGCCAGCCAAGGCUGGACGCGGUCACAGCAAAGUUGUUACCUUUGGGGGCGUGACUGAGAUCAAGCAGCCCGUAGACACAGUCAUGGGAAGUGAAUGGGAGGAGAACAAGUUGCUUAGACGACUGCUCUCCGUGGCAACAGUAGCCGUGCCUGCCAUUGACCUGGGCUCCCAGCUUUCAGAGCGGGAACACAGCCACAUAGACGGAGUGGAACCCGAUCAAGCUACCCUUCCUUCUGCGGACGUCCAGCCCUGGACUCCUGAAGCCACUCCUACUGUUGCUGAGCUAGAUGCUCGUCUUGCUCUGUAUGAGCAAAGAGCAGAGGAGGAGGAGGAGGAAGAGGAGGAGGAAAGAAUCCCAGAUCUUCAGAAAGAUGACAUGAUGGCGAGGAGGACAGGAGUUUUCCAGAAGCAAAGUGCUGCUUCAGCAGCUUUCAGUCGUUUCUUGCCGCUGCCCGGCUCCAAACGCUGCAUGCAAGAGGAGGUCAACACGAAUAAACUUCUAAAGUUCAAAAAUGAUGCGAAUGAAGUCAAACACCUGGAUUUGAAUGUGAGACCGAAACAUCAAAAUCCCAAAGUUCCUGCUGAAACAGCUCAGCAGCAUCAAGAGUUUACAGUGACCAGGACCGCAUCUCUUUCUCUCUCUGAGAAAGAGCAGGACCCGGCAGUGCCAGACCUGGAGAAGGAUGACAUGAUGGCUCGAAAGGCCAGAUUGUUCCAAAAAGGAAGUGCAUUGAAAACAAAUCAGUCUUUUAAUCAGUUCCUGCCCGUACCUGGAUCAGCCAAAUAUAACGCCAGUCCUGUAUCUGCAGUGAAGCUGCCACAAAGCAGGCCGGUGCUCGCAGAAAGUUUUGGCAGCAGCGUCUCUGUAGCAGCAGAACACCAGAUCCCAUUUAAAGACCCGACCGGCCCCACACAUGCCGGGGCGAGGGGGCGACAAGAGGGGGAAGAUCAAGAGAAGGGAGACACAAUGAGGGCUACUGACACUAUCGUCAGCAAAGUGACUGAGUCCCCCCCUUCUCCAGCACUUGCACUUCCCGCUCACUCCUGUAGCCGGGUGGUGGAGGCAGAGCAGCAGAUGGAGACGGAAAGAACUGAUGCGGAGGAGGGAAAGAAGGGUGUAAAUGAAAAAACACAAAAGAAACCCUUUUGGCUGGAAGAUGAGCUACCUCCAAUAAUGGUGAGCCGACGAGUUGCUUUUCUGUUAAACAACGAGAGUGUGAGUAUGACUGACAUGGUGAACGAGGAAGAGGCGGGACACUUACCCUUACUGAGCCAAUCUCGACAUGAGCGCAUGCACGAGCAGUACAACAACUUCCAGGAGGAGGAGGACCACUGGCAAGAUGACUUGGCUCGCUGGAAAAGUCGCCGUCGCAGUGCUUCACAAGAACUGAUCAGGAAAGAGGAGGAGAGGAAGAGGAUGGAGAAGAUGAAAGAGGAAAGAAGAGAUGGACAUAAGAGGAAAAGUAUCAAGACAUACAAAGAGAUUGUAGAGGAAAAAGAGCGCAGAGAAGCCGAGCUUUGUGAGGCCUACAGAAAUGCAGCUACUCCAGAGGAGGCGGCCUUGGUUUUACAGCGUUAUGCUCUUCGCUUCACUAUCAGCGACGCAACACUCGACAGCCUCAAAUUGCCCAGAUCAACCUCAAAACCCAAACACGAUCUAAAUGGCACAACUCAAGAAGACAAGCCAGCAUCACCUGUAAAUGGCUCAGAGAUGUUGGAGCACCUGCCUAAACCAAAGCCAGCUUCUCUAAACCAGAAACACACAAACCCAGAAAACAUGGAGACAGAUGUUAUUCAGGAGCUGGAAAAAUCGGGUGCCACCUCCAGCAGCUCUACAACAUCUAACAGUCCAGUUUCUGCAGACACAAACUCACAGAUUGUGCCACCUCAGUCCCCACAGUUUUGUAAACCAACAACCCAGUUUACAGAGUCUGCUGCUACAAAUCAGAAAGACCUGAAUUCAGGAGAUACACUGCUCCAAAGCAAACACAUAUCGUUUCAGGAUGCACAAGAACAGUCGCAGACGAUGCAACCUCAGUUUCCACAGUCUCAACCAACGCAGUCUAAGCCAGUGCAGCUGCAGCUAGCGCAGCCUCAGUCAGAGCAGCUGCAGCCAACGCAGCCACAGUCAGAGCAGCCAACACAGUCUCAGUUAGAGCAACCGCAGCCAGCGCAGUCACGGUCAGAGCAGCUGCAGCCAGCGCAGUCAGAGCAGCUGCAGCCAGCACAGUCUCAGUUAGAGCAGAUGCAGCCAGCGCAGUCUCAGUCAGAGCAGCUGCAGCCAGCGCAGUCAGAGCAGCUGCAGCCAGCACAGUCUCAGUUAGAGCAGAUGCAGCCAGCGCAGUCUCAGUCAGAGCAGCUGCAGCCAGUGCAGUCUCAUAUAGAGCAGCUGCAGCCAGCGCAGCCUCAUUCAGAGCAUCUGCAGCGAGUUAUAUACACACAGCCUAUACACACCCUCCCAUCACCUGCACCUGCCAGACCUGUCCCCAUGCUGGUAGCCAAGCCCUACUGCCAGCCCAGGACCACACUCAAACCCGUGAAGAUGGACGGGUUGGUGCGAGUCAAUGGAGAGAUGAUGGAGGACUCCGUCGUUUCCCCUUCACCUUCGGCCCUACUGGACUCACUGCAGGAAAAACAGGAAAACAAAGAUGUUUCCUCCAAACAGGCGGAAGAAGACAACCCUCCUGAGGAAGCUGUGGAAAAUCCAAAGACCGCAGAGCAGCUGACGCCUCCCCCACAAAAUGAAAAAACUGCGGCGGCGGCAACCUCUGCCAUCAGUUCCCUGAUUGGAGGACGCAGCUGCACCAUCACCACCACGAUUGUGACAGAACUCACUCAGACUCUGGUGGAGCCGCUUUACCCAGAGAUCCAAAGCAAUAAGAAGGCUGGAUCCACUUUGUUGUUUCAGACUCCCAUAGAGGAGAAGACUCAGCCUCCUGCAUCACCCAGCAAUAAGCAGAAAUAUUCUCCCACUGUUACAGACGGACUUGAGGAGAGCUGUGUGACCAUUGAGACCCCCAUGUUGAACUUGGCUAAACGUGUUAAUCACUGGGUCUGGGACCCCAAUGAGGAGCGUAAACGUUUGGAAAGGUGGCAGCAGGAACAGGAGCGCCUUCUACAGGAACAAUACCUGAGGGAGCAGGAGAAGCUGAAAAAGGAGUGGGAGAAAGCACAGAUAGAAGUGGAGGAGGAGGAGAGAAAGCAUAACGAAGAGGAGAGACGCAUCUUGGAGGAGACUGUCACACCCCUCAGUCCCACGGGCUUGUUACAGCAGGGCUCAGGACACACAGCAGUUUCUGCGCCUGCACCAGAAAACAAUAACAAAGGGGAAGGAAAUGUGUCCCUGGAGCAGAACGGGAAAAAAGUCCCCACAGGCAGGGAAGAUCAGCAUGCAUCAAAGCUGCAUUUUUUCCAGGAUUCUGCAUGUGACGGUCAGCCUUCAAAGAGACCAGAACCGUGGAAAACUGCCUCCUUGGACCGCAACCCACAAUUGAGCCAGACCCAGAAUGUCAAAAGAUCAGGAUCACAUGAUGCUGUAACAGGGGAGCAGCAGUCCUCCCCGUCCACUCCUCAGCCUCCCUCACCCAGCAGGUGUGUCAGCGGAAAGCGGCUGUGCUCUGGUUGUUCGAAACCUUUGGGGAAAGGAGCUGCAAUGAUCAUUGAUACUUUAGGCUUGUAUUUCCACAUGGGAUGUUUUAAGUGUGGAGUGUGCAAAGGACAGCUGGGAGAUGCCAGUGCAGGGACGGAUGUAAGGAUUCGUAAUGGACAGCUAAGCUGUCACGAAUGCUACAUUGCAUCACGGGGCAGAGGUCAGCCCACAACUCUUUGAUAGUCCUUCCUUGGAACUGGGAUUUCUGCAGGCGGUGAUUGGAACGAGAACAAUCCUGGAACUUUAAGUCCCAUUCUGGACAUCCUGGAAGAGUCUUGAAAUCCACAGUUCCUGCAUCAUCCUUUGCCUGUAAUGCAGCUUGGAGUUUAGUGUUUAUGACAGAGAAACUGGAUCCACAUUUGGGCUUCACAACACUAGCAUUAAAUAAUGUACUUCCUGACUAGAUGCGCAUCUACUCUCCUAUUUUAAAAUGCACAGCAUGGACGAACUCAAGAAAGCUGUAUGUUUAGGUUCUUGCUCAUGCCGCUCCAUAUGUUCUCUGCUAAACAUGUUAAACACUUUGAGCUGAACAUCGCUUGUUCCUGAACUCUGGGCUUGUUAACUCCUGCUUUUGCACUGGUCAUGUGACUACAAAGUGAUUCAGGUUGCAGUAGCUUGCUUGACCAUUGUUAUGCCUUACUUGUACCCUCUCUCCUUCAUUUAAAGUUUUGUGUUUACAGUUUUGCAUGAACAUAUAUAAGUUAUGAGUAUUUCUCAGUGAACACUUGAGCUUGAUCUCUUUUCUUUUGUGUCGCUCAUCUUUAUGAUACUUUGAUAGAUUUAAGAAUCCGGCCUAUUUACACAAGUCUGUUAUUGCUAGAUGAGUUUUUUAAAAGUAAGACUGCAUGUUCUUGUGUGAUAAUACUGUUUGUCUUUUACAUUAUUUCCCUUUUUAGGUUCUAGUUAUUCUUUACUCUCAUAGAUUAUCUCCAUAUGAAUCAGUGCCUUAUGUAAUGAAUGCAAAGGUGAGGGUUUUACCCCCACACUGACCUUUGGGUCUCGGCACAUUAUGUAUGUGUGUGUGUGUGUGUGUGUGUGUUUGUGUAAGCAUGUGUAAAUGUGAAUGAAUUGUGAGAUUAGACUUCAAGCACAGUUCCAUACCAGCAAAAAAAAUGUACGAAUAAAUAUUUCCUAUUUACCAGCUUCCCUUUACCACUCCACCAAUGAUGUAAACCAAUGACACCUUGUGCUUUUGCUGCGUCCUUCUUAAUGAUUUCAUCUGCUGUCUGCCUCUAUCACAACUGUUGCCUCCCCAGAGAAUGAGCCGUCUCACUCUUUCCUCUGUCCCACCUACAUUUGGACAAGUGUCUUUUUCUCCUGGACACAGUUCAAUUUGUUGUCUUUUAUAACAGCUGUAUUAUGGUUAACAAUAAAAACAUUUGAAAUUGUCAUAAUUUA